GCUGACACCCAGGUCUCGUUCCACAGAUCGGAAUUUACUCACGUCGUAUUAAAGGAUAUCACUUUGGGAAAAUGCCGGCCGGUAAAUUGCUUGGAUUUGCUUAUAUCGGCGUGCACUUGUGGACCUCGUUCCUGUUCAGAGAUUCGCUGCAGGGUGAGUACCAGCGGAAGCUCUACAAGGAAAUGAUGGAGAAUUACAAUCGGCUGGAGCGUCCGGUUCUCAACGACUCCUCGGCCAUCGUGGUGGAGCUGGGCAUGACGCUGCUGCAAAUCAUCGACGUGGAUGAAAAGAACCAAGUGCUGGUCACAAAUGCUUGGCUGCAGCUGAGCUGGACUGACGUCUACCUCACCUGGAACCCGGACGACUACCCAGGGGUUCAGAACCUUCGCUUCCCAUCCAGUCAGGUCUGGGUUCCUGACAUCCUUCUCUACAACAGUGCGGAUGAAAGGUUCGACGCCACAUUCCACACCAACGUCCUGGUCAAUUCGUCUGGGUCAUGCCAGUACCUCCCACCCGGGAUCCUGAAGAGCACCUGCUACAUCGACGUGCGCUGGUUCCCCUUCGAUGUGCAAAAGUGUGACCUGAAGUUUGGGUCCUGGACGCACAACGGCUGGCUGCUGGAUCUGCAGAUGGUGGCAGUUGACAUCUCAAGCUACAUCCCCAACGGAGAGUGGGACCUCGUCGGGGUCCCCGGGAAGAGGAACGAGCUGUAUUACGACUGCUGCAAGGAGCCGUACCCCGACGUGACCUUCACCGUCACCAUGCGACGCCGCACGCUGUACUACGGCCUCAACCUGCUCAUCCCCUGCGUGCUCAUCUCUGGUCUGGCCCUGCUGGUCUUCCUACUGCCCGCCGACUCGGGGGAAAAGAUCUCGCUCGGGAUUACUGUCCUGUUGUCUUUGACUGUCUUCAUGUUGCUGGUGGCUGAGAUCAUGCCUGCAACCUCUGACUCGGUGCCUCUGAUUGCCCAAUAUUUCGCCAGCACUAUGAUGAUUGUUGGCCUCUCUGUGAUGGUCACCGUUCUUGUGCUCCAGUUCCACCAUCAUGAUCCUCACGGGGGCAAGAUGCCAAGAUGGGUGCGUGUUGUUCUGCUGAACUGGUGUGCCUGGUUCCUGCGGAUGAAAAAGCCUGGGGAAGAGCAUAAGAUAAUGGGGUACAAGUACAGCCCCCCCCAGCAUCACGGCAGCACCAGUAGCAUUCAGAUGAAUACCAUGGCCGGCCAGCCGGCCAACACCAACGGCAACAUGAACAUCUACUUCAGCUACCAUGCCAUGGAGAACCCCUUCUGCCCAUCCAGCACCGAUUCGAGCGUGGUGUGUGGCCGCAACAACACCUCACCCCCCCACAACAGGGAGCACAUUAGGACCCUUGGGGAGCAUGUGCCGGAGAUCACGAAGAUCCUGGAGGAGGUGCAGUAUAUCGCGCGACGCUUCCGCGAGCAGGACGAGGGCGAAGCUAUCAGCAGUGAGUGGAAGUUUGCGGCGGCCGUGGUGGACCGGCUCUGCCUGGUGGCCUUCUCUGUCUUCUCCAUCAUCUGCACCUUCACCAUCCUCAUGUCCGCUCCUAAUUUCAUUGAGGCCGUCUCCAAGGACUUCACAUAAACUUAAUGGCUAAGGCACACUGAUGGUAGAAAGGAAGUGAAAAGAUCGUAUUAUCUUAUUAAAAUUAUAUACUUAAAAAUCUGGCAUAUAUAUUUAUUUUACCUCAAUGAAUGUGGUGCUCAUGAGUCUUUUAAUGGAAAAUUCCAUACCCACGUCUUACUGGGAUUUCUCCUUCGUGUUUCUAGUUGCACAUUUGUGUGAUUUUUACGGCCAUCAGUCCCUACAUACCUAAGCACCUUAAUGAGUAGUAGAUGACCACUGUUGGUGACGUGUUUUACUGUGAGAUGAAAGAUUCCUAGUCAAAUUAUACAGUACAACCUUUAUGAAU